AUGACGACCUUCACUAAGAUCCCGGACGAACAGCAGCCUGUCAUCAGUGUCAACCCUGCGUUCAAGCUGUCUGACAUUGACGACAAAACCUACAGCGGCUUCACAGAGCACAUGGGCCGCUGCAUUUACGGCGGAAUCUACGAUAUAGACAACCCGCUCAGCGACGAAGACGGCUUCCGCAAAGAUGUGAUCGAAGCUCUCAAGGAGCUCAACAGCCCUGUCGUUCGCUACCCCGGCGGAAACUUUUGCGCCACCUACCAUUGGCAGGAUGGUAUCGGUCCCAGGGAGAAUCGGCCUAAGAGGCCUGAGCUCGCAUGGAUCGGUCUCGAGAGCAACCAGUUCGGUACGGACGAGUUUAUGAAGUGGUGCGAGAAGGUUGGCACCGCGCCGUACAUCGCCUUGAACAUGAACACAGGCACCCUCGAUGAAGCUUUGGCAUGGGUCGAGUACUGCAACUCAACGCAGGACACAUACUACGCCAACCUCAGAAGGAAGAACGGCCACGAAGAACCCUACAACGUGAAGUUCUGGGCGUUGGGCAACGAGAUGUGGGGGCCAUGGCAGGUCGAGCAGAUGACCAAGGAGGACUACGCAAAGAAGGCAUUUCAGUGGGCAAAGGCCCUGAAGCUACUUGACCCUUCUAUUGAGUUGAUUCUGUGCGGAAAGGAGGGUCAGGACGCAUGGGACUACCACGUCCUGAAAGAGUGCAUCAAAUUCGAUCGCCAUGCUCGCGGCAACGACGGCUGUCUCAUAGAGAUGCACAGCAUCCAUCUAUACACAUGCUCAAACGACCAUCUCGAGAACGUUACCGCUCCUCGUGCGGCUGAGCGAUGCAUCGAGAUGACAGGCGCUCUCAUCGAUCUCGUCCAUGCCGAGAACAAGAUCCCUUCCCAUGUGAGGAAGCAGAAGAUUUGCUUCGACGAGUGGAAUGUGUGGGACUCGUCCCGUGCCAAUGGACGCGAUGGUGCUGAAGAGAAAUACACUCUCUCAGACGCCCUCGCGGUCGCAGCUUGGCUCAAUGCCUUCAUUCGCCAGAGCAAGUACAUUGGCAUGGCCAACAUUGCACAAUCUGUCAAUGUCAUCUCGCCCCUUAUGACAACCAAGAAUGGCAUCUACAAGCAGACAACGUGGUGGCCGUGGCUGCUGUUCUGCAAGUACAUGCGGGGCACUACAAUUGCCGUCAAUGUGCAAUGUGCUGAGUACGAGGGAUCAACGAAGCCUGACUGGCUUAGGGGAGCUAUGGAGACACCGUGGCUGGACGUCAGUGCCUCAAUCAAGGACGGUGUUGUCUCUCUGGUAGUGGUCAACAUCCAUGAGAGCAAGAGCUUCUCGACGAAACUGGAUGGUAUUCCGAGCGGGGCAAAUGUUGAGGUGUACACUGUGGCGGGCGAUAACAUUGGUGUUAUUAACACUGCCGAAAAGAGCGAGGUUGAAGUCAAGGAGAGCAAGUGGGAGGCGAAGGAAUCAUACGAGUUCCCGAAGGCCUCAAUGACUAUGCUCAGGUGGAAGGCAUGA